AAAAUAUCUCAUGAAAUAAAAAAAACCUUUCCUAUUCCAAUUCCCAAUUCCUUCAUACAAUCAUUUGUUUGUUUCCUAUAAAUUAAAACCAUUCCUUAAUUUCCCAUUAACCUCUCCAUCUAUCUUCUCUUUUAAAAUCCCCCUUUUCUCCUGUUCUCUUUCCCUCACAGUAAUUUCCCUUCUCUAGUUUUCUCUCGACGGCAAUGGAGAUUGAGAAUGUAAGAUAUGAAGAGGAAGUAAUAGUGAAUGGACGUGGGUUAAAGUUGUUCACGUGCAAUUGGGUUCCAAAGAAUGAAGAACCAAAAGCUUUGAUUUUUCUCUGCCAUGGGUAUGCCAUGGAAUGUAGCAUCACAAUGGACAGUAGUGCAAGAAGAUUAGCAAAAGAAGGAUAUGGAGUGUAUGGAAUUGAUUAUGAAGGACAUGGAAAAUCCAGUGGAUUACAAGGGUAUGUUUCAAGUUUUGAUAACGUGGUGGACGAUUGUUCUUCCUUUUUCACUUCAAUAUCAGAAAAGAAAGAAAAUAGAGAGAAGAAAAGGUAUUUGAUGGGAGAGUCAAUGGGAGGAGCAGUGGCUCUGAUGAUACACAGAAAACAGCCUGAUUUUUGGGAUGGUGCCAUCUUGGUUGCUCCUAUGUGUAAGAUUGCUGAUGAGAUGAGGCCAAAUCCAUUGGUGAUAAGUCUCUUGACAAAGCUUUGUAAAGUAAUUCCAACUUGGAAAAUUAUUCCAACUCAAGAUAUCAUUGACAUUGCCUUCAAACAACCUCACGUUAGGAAACAGAUUAGGGAAAAUGCAUAUUGUUACAAGGGCCGGCCUCGGUUGAGAACUGGCUAUGAACUCUUGAGAAUUACUUCAUUACUUGAAACCAAACUCCAUGAGGUAUCUCUACCUUUCCUCCUUCUCCACGGCGAAGACGACCGGGUUACCGACAAAUUGGUUAGCAAACAACUCUACGACGAUGCGGCAAGUGAUGACAAGACGUUGAAUAUGUAUCCAGGAAUGUGGCAUGGUUUGUUGUAUGGCGAGACGCCAGAGAAUAUUGACAUUGUGUUCUCAGAUAUCAUCGGUUGGUUGGAUAAAAGGAGUAUCGUUGAAAAUUUAAAAUCAGAACUCGAGAGAAAGUACGAAAAUGAUGGUUUAUUGGAAGCCAAGAAAUAGCAAGAAAGCUUAUUGAUAACUUCAAUCAUAUUUGUUGUCUUUGGUUUGGUUUGAUUUGUUUGUGAUAUGUAAAUAAUUUAUAAACAUUGAUUUUUAUUAGAAGUAUAUUGGAACGUUCUCUUUAAGCCGAUAGCCAUAUUGAUAUC